UCCUCCUCCUCCCCUCCUCCAUCCAUUCCUCCGCUUCUCUCUCUGCCUCCCUUCUCGCUUGACAAACCGCCGCACCUCCUUCCUCUGCGCUGCAGCCUCGCGCCAUGUCCGCCUCGCGCGGCCGCGCCCGCAGCGCCCGCGCAGACGACGCCGAGAUGCGCUCCGUCUCGCCGGCACCCGUGCCGCGCGGCCGCCAGGCCAGCCGCAGCGCCGACAGCAUGAGCAGAAGCAGGAGUCGCAGCCGCAGCUACACUCGCUCCCGCUCCCGCUCCUACUCGCCUCGGCCACGUCGUUCGCCCCGCGGCUCGCGCUCGCGCUCACGCAGCUACACGCGCUCCUACACGCGCAGCUACACUCGCUCUCUCUCUCGCAGCCGUUCUCGCAGCCGCUCUUCUCGAAGCCGCAGCCGAUCUAGGAGUCCGCGUCGUUCGCGCUCGCCUUUGCCAGUGCGCAGCGGGCGACGGCGAGAUGAGGAGGAAGACGAGCGCACGGCGGUGGAGGUGGAGGGCAUCGAGCGGGGCGUGCGGGAGGGGCAGAUGCACUACAUCUUUCGCGCGUACGGACAGGUCGAUGAGGUCGUCAUGCCGCGCUUUGAUGGCCGUUCCGACGUCGGCAUUGCCCACGUCGUCUACACUCGCGCCUCUGAGGCGCGGCGUGCCGCCACCGCCAUGCACAAGGGCCACAUUGGCGGCAGCACGAUCUACGUGCGCGCCGUUGCGCCUCCUCGCAAUCGCGCGCCGCCUCUUCGUGCGCCUCCUGCGCCUCACCAUCGCGACGAGCGGCGUGCGCCUCUUCCCUUCCGCGACGAGCGAGGUGCACCCCCACGUACGGCUCGCGGCGCGGAGCGCGGAUACGCAGAGGUGCCGCCGCGCCGCAACUAUGGCGAGGAGCGCGAGCGGCGUACCGCAUUGCCCGACGAGCGUCGACGAUACGAAGACGACGAUCGACGCUACGCUUCCUCGCGCCACGAGCGUGGCGCGCGCGACUUGCCGCCGCACCAUGCGCGUGCCGCUGGUCUGGGAGGAAGCACAGGAGUCGACAGCUAUCGGCCCGAGUAUCCUUCCUCCUCCUCCUCCUCUCGGCGUCGUGAUGAGCCCCUGCCGCCGCCACGAGAGCGCGGCUGGGGUCCGACACGCGAUGCCUCACGUGCUGUGCCCUCCAUGCCUGCGCGUCGCGAACGAAGGCCGACGCCUGAGGUGCCGCCGGAGCAGCGCGGGCCCAAUGGCCGCAUCUACGGGCCCGACAAGCCGUUCCCGAAGCGCGCCGACGUGAGCAUUCGAGGCACUGCCAGGCCUGUCUCUGCUUCUGCUGCACCAGCAAGCAAAGAGGCUGGCUCGCCGGCAGACGGCGAUGCCGAGAUGGCCGAUGCGGCAGCGACGAAGGCGCCGCCUCCUCCACCAACUGCACCUGCAGUGGCGAGACGCGCCACGCCUCCGCCGGCGGUGCGAGCGGCCACGAGAAGCCUGGGCGCCGCCGUGGGCGCGCUGCUGAGGGGCGGCCGUGCGCCGCGAGGCCGCGGCGGCGCCCUGGCGCUGCGAGGCUCGGCCAGACGCGUGCCGCGAGAGGAGGAGCAGAAGGAGCCGCACGCACCGCCGCUGGAGCAGACGAAUGGUGAGGCAGGCAAGGCAGACGAGCAGAUGCAAGACUCUCCCUCGACGACGGCGCCUUCGGCUGCUGCUGCUGCAUCGCCGGCAAGUGCGGCAGCUGCAUCUGCGCCGCCGCCGCCGUCGUCAAACGUGCAGAACGACGCUGCACCGACACCUGCUGCAGCGACGACGGAGGCGGCGGCGGCGGCAGUGGAGAAGGCAGAGCCACACCUCGAGGCACCGUCAUCGUUGCCGCCACCGCCCGGUCCCGCACCGCCGCCGCCGCCGACGGUGGCGCAGGCAUCGCAGGGGCACGAGGCGCUGCAGACGGAGACGUGAGCGUGCCGCCUUUCCGCUUCGAUCAUCAGAUGCGCGGCGAGAGAGACAGGAGAAGAGCGAGACAGACAUCACGCAGCGCCCGCUCAAAUGCCAUGAGACUGCCCCCCCCCGCUCUAUGCCUCGCCUCCCUCAGCCGCCAUAUCCUCGGGCGCCUCGGGCGCGCGCUGUCCCUUAGUGCCGGCCUCCUCAGUGUCGUCCACGCCUUCGUGCUCCGUGUCUGCGGUGUAGACCGUGUCGUCGCUGCGAGUAGCGUCAGCAAAGAUCAGUGGCGCCAGCACCCGCGCCUGUCACGCACCUCGACGGAUGCGACGGCGGCGGUGAUCUGCCCUCCUGUGCCCGCACCGCGCAUACUUUCUCGAGGGCAUCGUCGAUGAGUGCCUUGCACUUCCGGAGCUCGCCCUUCUUGAUGUCAUCUUCGG